GUAGGAAGAGAGUUAUUUAUCGAUGGACUCUGCAGCAGUACGAUGAGGUUGAAGCUACGUAAACAGUUAUCCCCCAUCAAUCAGACACUGCAACAGAUUAUGGCUACCGCGGAAGAAAUGGAGCGAAAGUUCGCCGCAAGUUUCCUAGAAGGAGAAGAUUACCCCAGGGAAGGGGAUUCGUCGGAGUUGGCUAGGGCCAAGGCCGAGCUAGCCAUACUGCAAAACAAGUUCGAAAGUAUGGGAUUCGUGUCUGGUCCCAUCACCUCUUUGGAACAGAUCACACCUAAACGAACGGCCCCUAGUGUGAUGACGGGAAUGCCUAUCCUCGUGAUGACUACGCCCCCACCACCGGUGGAAAACCCUGCACGAUCGGAUGAAUCAGCUGUUAUACUAGAACUAACCAAGACGCUGAUCAACUUGAUUCAAGAAAGCAAGAAGGAGAAGCGUGAACACAAUGUCCGAAUACAAUCGAUGAUGAGAUCGAUGCGUCCCAUAGUUUCCGCUCACGCCCCAACCCUCUCUUUCUGCAUCAAGCCGCUCAACGUGCUGAUCCUGAACGAAGAUAAGUGGAAUGAUUGGUGGGGCGCUUACCUGGAGUUUAGCUUCUGCCUCGUGGAGGUGAUCUUUCAUUGGUCCGGGCCAACGCCCGGAGGAGAAGGGACUAAAGUCCCGAAGGAUGAGGUGGAGCUGCUGAUCGUGCAGGCCUGGCGCACGGAAACGGAAGGAGAGUUGUUGGGCAUAGUAUUUGGCAAGGUGGAGGAGGGAAAUCUCACCCUCAUCACGAGCGAGCCAGGGGAACCAUGCGAUCGGCCCAGGCGAAGUGAAGAAGAAGAAGAGGCCGAAGUGCAGAGGCAACGAGAAAUGGCGGAACGCAAGCGGCCAAUCGAGGAAGGGCCCCCGCCGGAGCUGUUGUUGGGAGACCCGUCGCUCAAUCCGGAGUCGCCGCGCGAGGAACCCGAAGACGAUGGAGCUGUCAACAAGGGAUCGGGAGUGAAUCGCAGGCUCCAUCCCUUUCCCUACCCCCCCUACCCUUCGCCUUCGUAGAGAUGCGGGUGAUCGGGCUUCGUCCCCGGUCAUUAUCCCCCCGUCCCCAUGAUUACAUGAUGGUCCGCCAACUCCCAAGUCGACCCCCUUUCCCCGUUGGAUGGUGUCAUUUCCUGCCCACCCUCUUCCAUCAAGUCUAUCCACGUGUCUCCUAAUCACCAUCGUCCCGCACUCCACCACUCGCUCCCUCGCCGAUUCCUUCCUUCUCCACGUCCUUCUCUUCAGCGCGAACUGGCAGGAAUACAAUAACAUAGAAGUUUAUAGUAACUUCAAAACUCCCUAGAAAAGCUAUUGUAGAUUCGUGAUACCAUUGUUGAAUGAAAAUUAGCAUGCUGAGUAAAAGUCCUAUGAAUGA